AUAACAAUCACAGUGUGUUUUACAAAUAAUUCCUCGGGGCUAAUGAUUAAUCUGAGGUAAAACAUUAAUGUCCCUGCAAUGCAUCCUCUAUAUGAAGAGGGGAGCUGACACACAGCUAUUUAAGAAGGCUUCCUGACACACAGAGCCAGAGACAUCUUAUGAUUGAGCAGUUCCUCAUCACUCAUAGACACAGCAAAUUACACUCACUGCCUAAACCAAUUUCAUUCAUUAUGGCUAAGGAUAUCAGCCCUUACACAUGGCUGCUACCAGCCUGUCUACUUCUUGUAGCGGCAGUGACUGCAGCACCAGAGCCACUGCACUGUGCCCAGUGUAGUGAGGAAAAGCUAGCCCUUUGCCCACAAGUCCCUGCUGACUGUCCAGAGUUGGCUAGAGAACCAGGCUGUGGGUGCUGUUUGACUUGUGCACUGAAGAGGGGAGAAGCCUGUGGGGUCUAUACUGCAAGGUGUGGAAAAGCACUAACUUGUCAUGUAAAACCAGGAGAGCCCAGACCCUUGUAUGCGAUAACAAGAGGACAAGGAAUCUGCAUGGAUGCAGAGGACCUAGACAAGCUGAGAUCUAGUGAUACCACAGAGGUGAAGGACUACUCCGAGCAUGAGAACACUGGCUCAGAAAGCUUAGACAUUGCACAAGACCAGCUUCCACCAUUCCUUAGAUUAUUUACUGAUGGUUUUGACAAGUUCGAUCCCUGGAAUGCAAUCACUGUGUAUGAACGCAUAAAGGCUAAAAAGCUGUUUGACAGAAAGAAAAUAAAAGAACAAUAUCAGGGACCGUGCCAGAAGGACCUUUACAGAGCGAUGGACAGAUUGACAAGGUUUCAGCAAAGGACUGGAGAAGAUCUAUAUAGGUUCCACAUUCCCAACUGUAACAGAAAUGGCUUCUAUCACAGUAAACAGUGUGAAACCGCACUUGAUGGAGAAAGGGGAAAAUGUUGGUGUGUCUUUCCAUUAACUGGGAAGAAAAUUCCAGGUUCUCCAGAAAACAGAGGGGAUCUGAACUGCCAACAGUAUUUGAAUGCACAAGAAUAGAGUCAAAUAUCCUGGCUGGAUGUAUGUGUAUUCUAUAUUAUUUGUGUACAGUUUCUCAACUAUUUAUUCUGAAAAGUAUUUUCAUUUUUUUUGUCUCUUAUUAUGUAUUUUUCAUAACUAUUUAUAUGUACUAUUUUUAGUUCUAUAUAUUCAUGCUAUUUUUUAAAGCAAAUGUAAAUCACAACACUUAUUUAACUCAUAAAUUAUAUUUUACUACUGUAUAUAUUGUUGUUCAGCAAUGAAAUCAGUAUAGUAUUUCAUGACUUAAAUACAAUUUUAAGCAAACAUGUUUAUUUUACGCACACACUUAAUUUUGUAUUUUUGUUCCUACCCUCUUUUGUAACUUUAGAGCCAAUUAUAGCAUUGUUUGGAUAUAUGGUAACUGUUUUAUCUAAAUACUAUUUAAGCUUCAUACAAUAUUCAGCAACUAAGCAUGCUGUUUGCUUCAGAACCCCCAAAAAUCUGUAAGUUAUGUACUCUUAGUAAGUGGUCUUAAAUAUCUUAAAUGCUGCAAAUAUCCUCAGAAUUUUAGGCUUCAUACACACAGCCAUCUCUGUAUUUCAGUCAGCAAACAACAGACCUACACAGUAUGGAUGCCUUCCAUGUUUUCUCACUCCCAUGAAUAGAAAGGGCUGUUCUGCAACAGUCUUCAAUGCGGACAAGAAUAGGAUAUGUUCUAGAAUUUGUGGAAUGGCCACAUAAAUGUGUGCAUGGCCCCAAAUAAAUAAAUAAAUAGGUAAUGUGCUAUUUGCACCAAAUGUAGAUAGCACAUGAAUGAAGAAUGCAGUUGUGUGCAUGAAGCCUUACAUUGAAAAUAGAGACAGUCCUGGACAAUGGACAAUUUAGCUCUUGACACUUUAAUUAUCAAAAGGCACAGCUUAAAUGAAACAUAUUGAUAUGAAAUUAACUCAAUUCACACAACUAUUCCCUAUCAUUGAUCUAACGAUAUGCCCUCUUAGGCCUGUUCAACAGAACUACAAGAAGCUAUUCUCCGCUAAGAACAAUGCUUCUGGGGGAAUAUCUAGCCAAAGAUAUUAACAAACUUUGCAAAAAAAAACUGAGGCAGGUACAGUGGUUCAGUACAACUUGGAAGUUGUAUAGAAGUGGAUAUUGCCAUGGGAAUAAGGCCUAAAAGUUAAGGCAUGUUUGCAAGGGCUGACACAGCAGGCAAAUAUCUGGAAUGAUCUGUUCAUGUCUGAUAAUUGCCUGCUUGUCAGAGGAGGUGAGAACUGCAUUUACAUGCCGGUGUAUAGGAAUGAGGGAUCACUACUGUGAUGACUCAUUUCCAUAGAUAAUUAUUAUUUCUAGGCAGCAGAUAAGUGUUUAGUACAAUCUGGUGCCCAGACACAAUGAUUUAGGUAGCUGCAUCAACGUUGCUUUCACCCAACAAAUGAGUAAUCAUAUAAUUGGCACCGCCUUUACACAGGGCAGUUAUUGGAAAUGAGUAUUUCUAGGAAUGCUUCUUCCCAAUAAUUGUUCCGAGCAUUGACCUGUUUAAAGGGGCAUUUACUAUUUGACAAAUACAAUAAGAAAUAUCCUGAUUUCUCUAAUUGCUUACCUGGAGUGGGUAAAAUCAUUGUUAUAACAAGUGUUUGCAGCCCUGACUAGGAUGUAACCUAAAUGUCUUAUUCCAUUUGAUGGUAGUGUCCCUUCAAUAGCAGCUUCUUUAGCUGGCGGCUGUAUUGUCAAACUAGAAUAUACAAGCUUGAAACUUGCAUUUCAAUAGGGAAAGGUGAUAAGUGCCUGGCAAGCACCCUUGAGUUUUAUCUAUGUCAUACUUUGAGUCCCAUGGAGAAAAGUAUGGCACUAGAGGUGUCUGGUAACAGCUUAUGCUCCAUGUGGCAUAGAAAUAACAUGAACAGAUGACUGUUAGUGGGAAAGUUGGUUAUGGAAACGUUCACUUGACAGUUAUCUGCCAUCUAUGUCCAGCUUAAUAUACUGUAAUCAAUACAGUUAUUCUUCAUGGAUGUUUAUAUUUUAUUAGAAAUUUAGAUACCAUAGACAAAUUUAACAAUUCCAGUGUUCAAGACAUUGCACUCUUGAAUAGUUAUGCAUGAUAUCCAAAAUAUGGGUAAAUACAUCCAGAGAUUGUAACAUUGGCACAAGCAAUUCCAAUAUAUGUGGAUUCAAGAUACCUUUAUAAAUUCUUUAUGUUGAAUAAUAACUAAUGUAACCACAUUAUUGCAUCAACAUACAAUGUAUCUUCCCUAGGUGAAAAUCAUGUCUACACAAUACUCCAGUACUCCCUUACCUGAAUAUAUACACUCCCAGAAACAAAGCAUUCUGUACAUAAGACUGAUUUAUAAAAAAUGCAUUUCCAUUUUAUUUUUUGUAACAAGCUAGGAAAUUUAUAGAUAACUAAAAUAAGAAAUAUUUAUUCACAUUAAGUGUUCUUUCUUGGGUUUCCAUGACUGGUCACUGAACUCAAAUUCACAAGCUUUGAGUUGUAUGGGGCCAUAAUACUGCACCCAUAAACUAAAGAGCUCUACAGUAACUCCAUAAGCCUCCAAUUUCAUACAGUAGUAGACGGGGUCUUUUUCUGACACAUUGUGCUAUUCUCCCCUAGAAGUAUUUCUCUUACAGGAUAGUAACUCCAUUAUGUAGCACCAUACUUCGACCACGUGUAUGAUGCAACAGUGACUUUGUGUGACUCUACACAGCUUUCAUUUUCAUAGCUUUGUUGAGUGCAUGAUGCCUCUAUAAGCCCUAUAUUAAUCUGUGUGAAGUCCGAAGCAAAGAGAGGAGCAUUAUGUUUGCAUAGAUGUCUAUGAAUUUGUAUCAUGUCCCAUACACCUCAGUUGCAUUAACAGACCUAGCUGUCAACAACUCUUUUAUAAUUUUUAUUAUCUGUUGGUAUACCACAAUACCUCUUCACCACAUCAGGUUUACAGAUCUGUACAUAGGCAAUAAACGGCAGGCGCAAUUCCACAAUACAUAAUAUCAUAUAGAUAUUUUUACCCUGUAACUAUUUUUUUAUUUCCUUAAUAUUGUACCUUGCACCAUUAUGAAAUGUUUCAAAUGAGAUAAAUUAGUCCUCCAAUAAUAUAAUAAAAAUUCUGCAGUAACUUCUUUCAUAACUCUAUAUUGUGCCAUUCCUGGCCAUGGGACUAAAUGUCAAUGAACCAAUUCACAUUUUCCACACAGACCAUGGGUCCAUGCAGAGAAAAUCACUGAAUGCUUUGCUUUGGUCCAUCCUCACACUGUACAAGUAGUGCAGCCAGUAUCAGACUGUAAACAUUCAGAAAGAAUAACAGAGAAAUGGCA